AUGGAGGCUGGCUCAGUGGUUCGAGCCAUCUUUGACUUCUGCCCUAGCGUAUCAGAAGAACUGCCGCUCUUUGUGGGAGAUGUUAUUGAGGUGUUGGCAGUGGUGGAUGAAUUUUGGCUUCUGGGAAAGAAAGAGGAUGUGACAGGACAGUUCCCCAGCAGUUUUGUGGAAGUUGUUACCAUUCCCAGUCUAAAAGAGGGCGAGAGACUGUUUGUCUGUAUCUGUGAAUUUACAUCCCUAGAAUUGAACAGCCUUUCCCUCCAUCGAGGUGACCUAGUGGUUCUCGAUGGCACUCCCACUGCUGGCUGGCUGCAGGGCCGGAGCUGCUGGGGUGCCCGGGGCUUCUUCCCAUCCUCAUGUGUUAGGGAGCUCUGCCUCUCCUCACAGAGUCGGCAGUGGCACUCACAGAGUGCCCUUCUCCAGAUUCCCGACUAUUCAAUGGGACAGGCCCGGGCACUGAUGGGGCUCUCUGCCCAGCUGGAUGAGGAGCUGGACUUCAGAGAAGGGGAUGUGAUUACCAUUAUUGGAGUUCCUGAACCAGGCUGGUUUGAAGGGGAGUUAGAGGGUCGAAGAGGCAUUUUUCCGGAAGGUUUUGUAGAGCUUUUGGGGCCCCUGAGGACUGUGGAUGAGUCAGUAAGUUCCGGAAAUUGCGAUGACUGCAUUACUAACGGUGAAGUAGAUACCAACACAGGAGGAGAGAGACAGCCAGAAGGGGAAGGUGAGCAGCCAGGCACCUACGGGCUUGCCCUCUACAGAUUCCAAGCCCUGGAGCCAAAUGAGUUGGAUUUCGAAGUAGGCGAUAAAAUCCGAAUCCUGGGGACCCUGGAAGAUGGCUGGCUAGAAGGAUCACUGAAGGGCAGGACAGGCAUCUUUCCUUACCGCUUUGUAAAGUUAUGUCCUCAAACAAGGGUGGAGGAAACCAUGGAUCUGCCACAGGAAAGCAGCCUCACCAACAUCCCUGACACAUCUUUGGAUUGUUCAGAGAACUUCUUAGAAGUGGAAGGAAAAAAACAUGAAUCUCAUGAGUAUAAAGCAGAGAAGUCCAACUCAGUUAUUUCUGAAACAUCCACUUCCCCACUGGAGCAUCUGACUUCUGAGUAUGAAGAAGACAAAAACUCUCACUGGGACGUGGGCACCUCAGAAGGGCCCCCAAGAAGCACAGGUUCACGGCACGAACAGCUUCUUGCCAAAUACUCUUCCACAAAGGAUCCUUCAGAGGUGGUCAAUGGCGUUGCGUCCCAAACUCCAGUACCUUUUCAUCCCGAAUUGCAGAAAAACCAGUAUUAUUCUCUAGGAGGAGGAAGCAACCCCCACCCCAACCAGUACUCUGACCCUCUUCCUCUAGAAGCAAGGACUAGAGACUACUCCAGCCUACCUCCCAGAAGAACAUACUCGCAGCCGAAAACCCUUCAGAAGCCAGUGCCACCUCUUCAUAGCACCUUUUCCCGUUUAGCCUCCAGGGCAGUCAGACCCAGCCAGUUGAGCCCUCAGCUCCAGGGCAUGGCGAGGUGUGUGAAAAAGCACCUCACACCCAAAGAAAAUGCUUCCAGCUUUUGCUCUGCAUCAGAGAGAUCAGAGAUGAAGCCUGGUCUCCAAGACAAGGCACCUGCUGUGGAAGCAAUGGCACUUUCACAGGGAGACGGCAACACGGACCUGGAUUCUAAGUUGACACAACAACUGAUAGAGUUUGAGAAGAGCUUGUCAGGGCCCGGCACAGAACCAGAUAAAAUUUUGCGCCACUUUUCAAUCAUGGACUUUAACUCCGAAAAGGAUAUUUUCCGAGGUUCCUCGAAGCUAAUCAUCCAGCAGGAGCUGCCUGAGAGGAGAAAGGCUCUAAGGCCACCGCCACCCCGUCCCUGUACUCCAGCAUCCACUCCUCCCCAUUUGCCAGUGGAACAGAGCCUGAGACCGGACCCACCCUUGGCAAUGCGACCCUCUCGCCCCGCUCCCCUGCCUCCCUCGGCCCAGCAAAGAACGAAUGCAGUACCCCACAAGCUCCUAACCUGUAACCGUCCUGGCUGGGAGAGCCUAGAAAAGGAGGGCCCUGAGAACAUGGAGAAGACUUUGGGCCAGACUCCCCAGUGUCCCUUAGUCUUGGUGAGGAUUCAGGAGAUGGAACAGGACUUGGAUAUGUGCUGCAGGGCUCAAGAAGAGCUGAACGUAGUGCUGGAGGAGAAGCAAGAGGAAUCACUAAGGGCAGAGACCCCUGAGAAUCUUGAGUUCUACGAGAGUAACAUUGAGAGUUUGAACAUGGAACUCCAGCAACUUAGAGAAAUGACACUCCUCUCCUCCCAGUCUUCAGCACUAGUGGCCCCUUCUGGGUCUGUGUCCACUGAAAGCCCAGAGCAGAGGAUGCUGGAGAAGAGAGCCAAGGUGAUAGAGGAACUUCUUCAGACGGAGAGAGACUACGUUCGGGAUCUGGGAAUGUGUAUGGAGCGGAUCAUGGUACCCCUGCAGCAGGCACAGAUACCGAACAUUGAUUUUGAGGGACUUUUUGGAAAUAUGCAGAUGGUGAUUAAGGUCUCAAAGCAAUUAUUGGCUGAUCUGGAAAUCAGCGAUGCCGUAGGACCGGUGUUUCUUGAUCACCGAGAUGAGCUUGAAGGAACAUACAAGGUUUAUUGCCAGAAUCAUGAUGAGGCCAUCUCAUUGCUGGAAAUAUAUGAGAAGGAUGAGAAGAUCCAGAAGCAUCUUCAGGACUCCUUGGCAGAUCUUAAGAGCCUGUACAAUGAAUGGGGAUGCACAAAUUAUAUUAACCUGGGCUCCUUCCUCAUCAAACCAGUGCAGAGAGUAAUGCGCUACCCACUGCUGCUGAUGGAGUUGCUGAAUUCCACCCCCGAAUCCCACCCAGAUAAAGUGCCUUUAACCAGUGCAGUCCUUGCAGUCAAGGAAAUCAACGUUAACAUUAAUGAAUAUAAACGUCGAAAGGACCUGGUCCUCAAGUACCGAAAGGGUGAUGAAGAUAGCCUCAUGGAGAAAAUUUCCAAACUGAACAUCCACUCCAUCAUCAAGAAAUCCAACCGGGUUAGCAGUCACCUGAAGCACCUCACUGGCUUUGCCCCACAGAUUAAAGAUGAAGUAUUUGAAGAAACAGAGAAAAACUUUCGAAUGCAAGAAAGAUUGAUCAAAUCUUUUAUCCGAGACCUGUCUCUCUACCUCCAGCAUAUCCGGGAAUCGGCAUGUGUGAAGGUGGUGGCUGCCGUGAGCAUGUGGGAUGUGUGCAUGGAGAAGGGACACAGAGACUUGGAACAGUUCGAGAAGGUGCAUCGCUACAUCAGUGAUCAGCUCUUCACAAAUUUUAAGGAGAGGACAGAGCGGCUGGUCAUCUCUCCCCUGAAUCAGUUACUGAACAUGUUCACGGGGCCCCACAAGCUGGUGCAGAAACGCUUUGACAAGCUUCUGGACUUCUAUAACUGUACAGAACGGGCAGAGAAGCUGAAGGACAAGAAGACCCUGGAGGAGCUGCAGUCGGCCCGGAACAACUACGAGGCCCUGAACGCCCAGCUGCUGGACGAGCUGCCCAAGUUCCAUCAGUACGCGCAGGGCCUCUUCAGCAACUGUGUGCAUGGCUACGCCGAGGCCCACUGUGACUUCGUGCGCCAGGCGCUGGAGCAGCUGAAGCCGUUGCUCUCGUUACUCAAAGUCACCGGCAGGGAAGGGAACCUGAUUGCCGUCUUCCAUGAGGAGCACAGCAGGGUCCUGCAGCAACUCCAGGUUUUCACCUUCUUCCCAGAGUCUCUUCCUGCCACCAAGAGGUCAUCUGAAAGGAAAACUAUGGACCGCCAGUCCACCCGAAAGCCACUCCUGGGCCUGCCAAGUUACAUGCUUCAGUCGGAAGAACUCCGGGCCUCCCUCUUGGCAAGGUAUCCCCCUGAAAAGCUCUUCCAAGCAGAACGGAACUUCAAUGCUGCCCAGGACCUGGACGUCUCACUUCUGGAAGGUGACCUGGUGGGCGUGAUUAAGAAAAAGGACCCCAUGGGCAGCCAGAACCGCUGGCUGAUUGACAAUGGAGUCACCAAAGGCUUUGUGUACAGCUCCUUCCUGAAGCCCUACAAUGCACGCCGCAGCCACUCCGACGCCUCCGUGGGCAGCCACUCCUCCACCGAGUCGGAGCACGGCAGCUCCUCCCCCAGGUUCCCCCGGCGGCAGAACAGUGGCAGCACCUUGACCUUCAACCCCAGCAGUGUGGCCGUGUCCUUUAGCUCAGGGCCUUCCCAGAAACAGCCUCCAGACACAUCUUCACUGACGGAAUUUGACCAAGGGACUCUCAGCGCACCCUUGAACUCAGAGAGCAGCCCUUCCAGAUGCCCCUCGGACCCAGACUCCCCCUCCCAGCACGGGCCCUGGGAUUCGGUAGACGCUGCCAGAGACCUUCAGCAGCCUGCUCCCACUCUGAGGAGCUCCCGAAACCCCAGGCAUCCAGAAAUGGCUGGUUACUCCGUGCCAGGGCGAAACGGGCAGGGUGGAGACCUCGUAAAAGGAUGUGCAAGAACAGCCCUGUCUCUGGAUGACAGAAACGGACAGCUGGAAGACAGCGAGGCGGAAGGCAACCAGGUCUAUUUUGCUGUCUAUACCUUUAAGGCACGGAACCCAAAUGAGCUGAGUGUGUCAGCCAAUCAGAGACUCAAGAUCCUGGAGUUUAAAGAUGUUACAGGAAAUACAGAAUGGUGGUUAGCCGAAGUUAAUGGGAAGAAGGGCUAUGUUCCAUCCAAUUAUAUCUGCAAAACUGAGUACACCUGA